AUGGCGCAGUUUCACAGAGAAAUCGGCAAACUCUUUGCCAACUACUCAAACAAAAUCACCUCCGCCAGCCCUGUGCAGUAUGUGCCCUCGCCGCCGGUGAAGGGGAAAGUGCGCAGGGCGCUCUCCUCUGCGCUCAUGCCGGUCUGGUUCAAGUACUUCCGAGGGCCUCUCGAUCGCUGGAAUCUGGCGGUCAUGGCGAAGUACCUCCGCGACCACGGUUUGAUGUACGACGACCUGUACAGCGACAAGGAGCCUGUCUUCGCCAGAGCUUUGGAGCUCCUUCCUCCCGAUAUUCAGGCUGCGCGUUUCCGCCGCCUCAUGCGUGGUGUCUACCUGAACCACCUGCGCAUGUAUCUCCCCGUCAACGAGCAAAACUACGACCCCUUCAUCCCCUACAUGGCCCCAUACAUUGAGGAAGCGAAGUUCCAACUCCAGGAAGAAGAAGAGUUGCUCGGCUACCACAUGUGGGAAGGUGUUUGGUACUCGGGUGGCGUGACUGGUUUCGGAGACCACGAGCCCGGCGAGCACUUCCUGCUGGCGCUUCCUAACUUGUACGGCGCGGGCGGCAGCACCAUGCAGCUUGGCGGAAAACAUUUCUCCACGCGUGCGGCUGCUGCAGCGCGCGCAAAGCUCGCAGAGCGCGCAGAGAAGGUUCUCCAAGAAACGAAGGAGAAGCAAGGCCUCUUGUUCGCUGAGAAAUAA